AUGGCCCGCAUCCUCAUAACAGGUUCUACAGAUGGCUUUGGCCUUGAGGCCGCCCGUCAGCUAGUCCAGCGUAGCCACACGGUCUAUCUUCAUGCGCGUAAUCAAGAGCGCGCAGAUGAUGCCAAAGCGAAAUGCCCCGGGGCAGCUGGCGUGCUGAUUGCGGACCUGACAAGUGUGGCAGAGACGCGCAAGCUGGCCGAGGAUGCAAACGCAAUCGGUACAUUCGACGCCGUCAUUCUCAAUGCCGGAUUGCUUUACGGCCCUUUCCGAAAGACAGAGACUGGCGUACCGGCUAUGGUCUUUGUUAACGUCGUCGCACCCUAUAUUCUCGCAUGUCUUUUGAAACAACCCAAGCGACUUGUAUUCAUCGCUUCCGUGCUACAUCGGGAAGCCAACACGAACAUGAAAGAUAUUUUCUGGCUUGAGCGUGGGGAAAAGGAAUUCAAGGAUUUCCCAGCAUACUGUGAUUCAAAGUUCCAUGUUAUCCUCCUUUCUCAGGCUGUGGCAAGGCGAUUCAAGGGUACUUCAGUCACAGCCGUGCAUCCUGGAUGGGUUCCUACCAAGAUCGGAACUCCGGAAGCUACUGACAAGCUGGAGGAUGGUAUCGAGACAUACGUCAUGCUUGCCGAAGGUGAUUACGAUCAAAGUCUCACCGGUGUUUAUUUUGAACCCAAAAAGAAGCUGGGUGAACCUCUUGUACCGAUAACGGAGGAACAUUUGCAGGAGGUCGUCAAAGCUUGCGAGGAGCUCACAGGUCUUCAGCUACCGGCUUAA